AUGGUGGUACUGGCUGUGGCAGAAACCAGACCUAGCAAACUGGGACUCUCCACAGUCUCUGGAAUCUGCAGGCCUGAGUCCUCCUUUGGGGGCAGUGCACUCUCUGUCUUACUGGCCAUCCAGAUGGAGAACAUAUCAUACCUUACUCAAUACCAGAUAGUUCAUACUGGAGAGAAGCCCUACCAAUGUAAAGAAUGUGGCAAAUCUUUCUGUCAAAGAUCACAACUUACUAAACACCAGAUAAAUCAUACAGGAGAGAAAAUUCAUACAGGUGAGAAGCCUUACAAAUGUACAGCAUGCAACAAAACCUUUAAUGAAAAAUCACACCUUAGUAACCACCAGAGAAUUCAUACUGGAGAGAAACCCUACAAAUGUAAAGAAUGUGGGAAAGCUUUUAUUGUAAAAUCAAACCUUAUUGGCCAUCAAAGAAUUCAUACAGGAGAGAAGCCUUACAAAUGUACAGCAUGCAACAAAGCCUUUAAUGAAAAAUCAUACCUUAGUCACCACCAGAGAAUUCAUAAUGGAGAGAAACCCCACAAAUGUAAAGAAUGUGGCAAAGCUUUCUGUCAAAGAGCACAUCUUCCUCAACACUAUAGAAUUCACACUGGAGAGAAGCCCUACAAAUGUAAAGAAUGUGACAAAGCUUUUAACGUAAAAUCAAACCUUAUUUGA